ACACGAGGAAUCACCAGGAAGCUGCAAGUUCGAGCACCGCCUCCUCCUCCUGGCUCUGCUGCUCAGUGUUUUAGUGUGUGUGUGUGGAGGAACACUGUGGAUCUUUAACUCUAAGUGUGUGUGUGUUAUCAGAAGAAGAAGAAGAAGAAGAGGUCGUGAUGAAGCUGCUCCUCCUCCUCCUCCUCCUCCAGAUGUGCAGCUCUGCAGAAAGCAGGUGUUUCUGUGAGGUCACAGGUGACCUGGACGACUGCGCCUGUGACGUGGAGACGAUCGAUGGCUUCAACAACGAGCAACUUUUCCCCAAACUCCAAACACUUCUGGAGUCUGACUAUUUCAGGUUCUACAAGGUGAAUCUGAAUAAGCCGUGUCCGUUCUGGACGGUGAGCGGUCACUGUGGUCUGAGGGACUGUGCUGUGAAGGCCUGCGCUCCUAAUGAAGUACCAGAGGGGAUCAGAUCUCCAUCACACAACAAGUAUUCAGCAGAAGCAGACGAGCAGCUGGAUGAGUGUGAGAAGACUCAGCAUCUCGGAGCUGUGGACGUUUCUUUAAGUGCGGAGACCAGAGAGGCUCUGCUCGCCUGGAGCAAACACGAUGACGAGGCCGAACAAUUCUGUGUGACAGACGACGAAGAAUCUCCAGACUCUCAGUACGUCGACCUGCUGCUGAACCCUGAACGCUUCACGAGCUACAGAGGACCUGAGGUGUGGAGGAUCUGGAACAGCAUCUACGAGGAGAACUGCUUCAAACCUUACACUGUCAGAAGACCUCUCAUUCCCAACUCCUUCCACAGCAGCUCGGGAGGCGAAGCGCGGACCUUCUACAGCUGGCUGGAAGGUCAGUGUGUGGAGAAAAGAGCUUUCUACCGCCUCGUCUCAGGCCUCCACGCCAGCAUCAACAUCCACCUGAGCGCCAGAUACCUCCUGGAGGACAGCUGGUUUCAGAGGAAGUGGGGUCAUAACAUUUCCGAGUUCAGGCAGCGCUUCGACUCGGAGCUCACUGCCGGCGAGGGGCCCAAGAGGCUCCGCAACCUCUACUUCCUGUACCUGAUAGAGCUGCGAGCGCUGGCCAAGGCUCUGCCGUUCUUCCAGCAGCCGUCGUUCCAGCUGUACACCGGCCAUGCCGAAGAGGACCGGAGACACAAAGAGCUGCUGCUGCACGUCCUGCAACUGGCCAGAUCUUUUCCUCUGCACUUCGAUGAGACAUCUCUGUUUGCCGGUGACGAAAAGGAAGCAGCCAAACUGAAGGACAACAUCAGACUGGCCUUCCUCAACAUCUCCAGGAUCAUGGAUUGUGUCGGCUGCUUCAAAUGUCGACUGUGGGGGAAACUGCAGACUCAGGGAUUAGGCACAGCGCUGAAGAUUUUGUUUUCAGAGCGACAGAUUGAAGCUCUGCCCACGGUGCGCGGCGGACGACCCAGUUUCCAGCUCAGCCGCCAGGAGAUCGUCUCUCUGCUCAACGCCUUUGGAAGGAUUUCCACAAGCGUCCGAGAGCUGAAGAACUUCCGGACGCUUUUAUCAGAGGAGCGGUGACGGCUUCAAGAGGCGUCUUCGUCCUCUGAUUCCUUUGUUUAAAGCUUCAGGCCUGACUGUUGUGGCCUCGAGUCACCGAACGCAUCACAGCUGCCUCAGUCCUGAGUGUCGAUAACAGACGUCAGGGUUCAGCAUUAACAGACACACCUGCCUGUUGGACUUCAAUGAAAGAUCACAACUAUUUCUAACAACUUCUUUUCACUUAAAUUGAACAGGUUGAAAAGAAACAGGAAUAAAUUGAAUAUUUGUAUUUAUAAUCAGAGCCUGAACAUCGACACUGUAGGAUCAUAUUCUCUUUAUUAUUAUUCUUCAUGUGCCUCCAUCUUGCAGCAGAAUUUAUUUCCAUUUCAGCCUAUUUCCUUUGACUUCCUCCAUAUUUCUACAUUAAUACGAUUUAAUUAAAUUUGAAGAAUUUACACUUUGUUUUCCUUCCUUUCUAAAAUAACGAUGGGUACCUUGAAAGGCUCUGAAGAAAUCUAAGUUGUCAUUAUUAUUAGUGUUUUAACGUUUUUACUCUGAAUUUAAUUCUGAAGUUUCAUUUUUACACCUGAGUACUGCUUUCAUUCAUUUCAUUUCAUUUUCUUGCAAUAAUUAAAUCUUUCUCCAACGAGUUAAAAUUAAAUCUGAAGUUUUG